AUGGGAAUCACUGCAGUGCUUUUUGAUACUGUUGAGACGCCACUGACCAGCACAAGAAACAAGGCCUUCUAUGACGCUCUUCUGGAGUCUGGCUUGGAAUUGGAAGAGCUGAGCCUUCCCAGACCAGAAAGUUAUGGCAUUGACUAUGAUUCUUUGACGCCCGAAGAGAAGAGGUCUCUUUAUCCUAGCCUAAUUGAAGAGUUGCGUACCACUCCAGACUGGGGUCAGCAGACUUAUCCCUACUCACUGCGUCCACUAGCAGGUAGAAGGAAACUCAAGUUGAGGCAUCAAGUUCUAUCUAAGGUACGUGAAGGCUACAUAUGGGACCGCUUCUAUAAUCGUUUGGUGAAACCGGAACAUCUGGCUGCGUGGCAAGUGGAGCAGCAAGAAAUUUUCGAGGGAGCUCUUGGCAGUGCGCCUUCCACCUUGGAGUCAUUGGAUGAACCUGUUGAACCAUAUGUCCCUGAAAAAUGGAGGCUCGAUUAG